AUGUCGAAGAACCGCAAGCAGAAGCCGGCGAGUGCCUAUCAGUAUUACCAGAAACUAGUUCAGGAUUUUGAUUCACUUGAGCGGGAAAUGGAGAGUCACCAAGAGGAACAAAGCGAGCUGGAGGCACAACUAGAGCGUGCCCAGGCUAAAGCCCGAGCGUUGCAAGCUGAGGACCAGCAAUUCCAGCGAGUUCAAUGGGAGCGGGAGCGUGAUCGGCAGCUGGAAAUGUUUGUUCAGCAGCGCGCCACACUCGACACUCUACGUUCCCAAACGGAGGCCUUAGAAGCACAAGAGCUACGUCUUCAAGCUGAGAUGGAGGUACUUCACGAGAAACAACAAGAAACCAGCGAGACUGAAGCUCGCUGCAUCCGCCGCCUUGUUCAUGAACGGACAACACUACUCGAAGACGAGCUGGCUAAAGGGAAGCUGGAUCUGGACUAUAUCACCCAAGUUGUCACCUCUGCACGCCGCCAAGAGCUCAAGCAGGAGGCUCAGCGAGAAACGGAUCACAACGCCAUGUCCUCCGUUAAGAACCUCGUGCAGAAUGUUCAGGACCGCAGACGGCGCGACUUCGAAGUGGCAGAAGCUAAUUUCCAAGCCCGAAUGCGCUCGUUCCAACUGGAGAAGGAGGCUUUAGCUAAGAAAGCCAAGGAACUGCGGGUGACCAAGCAGCGAGCGAUCCAGAUUUUAUCGCAAAAUCAACAACAAGUGAUUAAAGGAUUUUUCGAUGCACCUGCAGUGAUUCAUCAGCGCGAAGAGAAAGCGCGGGCAGCACCAACUCUAGAUUUUGGCGAGAUCUUGCAGUCUCUCAAUCAGAGCGGCGCGCAAGUGGAACAGAUCCAAACCAUUGACUCCGAAAGGAACUCGGGUCGUCGUGAGCUUGCAGACGCUUUACAGGACGCACGCAUGACGCUGGAACAGGGGAGCCAACGCUCACUACUCAACCCGCGAAAGAGCUUCUUGAAUUUGAGGUAA